UCUUCUUCUUCUUCUUCUUCUUCUUCUUCUUAUUCAUAUACGUAUUGGGUGUUUCUCAAAUCUUGAGGAAGAAGAAGAUGGCGAUGGUGGGUGAGUGCAUUGUGGGGACUUUCUUUGCCUCUCUCUUGGGGUUUGUUCUUCUCUACAUUUUGCGCCUUUGGACCGUUAAACACAGGCGAAAGGAUCAUUUUUACGGGAACGGAGGAGAGAGUGGUUAUGAGUUCCGGAGCGAUAACAUUAACGGUGAAUGCCGACCCGAUAAGAACUCCGAUGCCGAUGUCAUCAUCGUCGGAGCUGGCGUCGCCGGUGCAGCCCUCGCUCACACCCUUGGCAAGGAUGGACGACGAGUUCAUGUGGUUGAAAGAGAUUUGACAGAGCCUGACAGAAUUGUUGGUGAACUGCUACAGCCAGGGGGAUACCUAAAAUUAGUUGAGUUGGGCCUUGAAGAUUGUGUGGAGAAAAUUGAUGCCCAGAGUGUUCUUGGAUAUGCUCUCUUCAAGGAUGGAAGAAACACAAAACUGUCUUAUCCCUUGGAGAAGUUUCAUUCAGAUGUUUCUGGAAGAAGCUUCCACAAUGGACGCUUCAUCCAGAGGAUGAGAGAAAAAGCUGCUGCUCUGCCAAAUGUACAGCUAGAGCAAGGAACUGUAACAGCCCUGCUAGAAGAAAAUGGAACUAUAAAAGGUGUUCAGUACAAAACUAAGACUGGUGAAGAACUUAAAGCAUAUGCUCCUCUUACAAUUGUUUGUGAUGGAUGCUUCUCAAAUUUGCGCCGCUCACUCUGCAAACCAAUGGUAGAUGUGCCCUCUUGCUUUGUUGGUCUGGUCUUGGAGAAUUGUCCACUUCCAUUUCCAAAUCAUGGACAUGUUAUUUUGGCAGAUCCUUCCCCGAUCUUAUUUUAUCCAAUCAGUAGCACCGAAGUCCGCUGUUUGGUUGAUGUACCUGGUAAAAAGCUUCCUUCCCUUGCUAAUGGUGAGAUGGCCGACUAUUUGAAGACUGUGGUGGCUCCUCAGAUUCCUCUUAUGCUGCAUGAUGCCUUCAUAGCUGCAAUUGAUAAAGGAAAUAUCAAAACAAUGCCAAAUAGAAGCAUGCCGGCUGCUCCCUAUCCUACUCCUGGAGCCCUAUUAAUGGGUGAUGCUUUCAACAUGCGUCAUCCUUUAACUGGUGGAGGAAUGACAGUGGCACUCUCGGACAUUGUUGUCUUGCGGGAUCUCCUUAAGCCACUUCAGGAUCUGCAUGAUGGAGAUUCACUGUGUAGAUAUCUGGAGUCCUUUUACACCUUGCGCAAGCCAGUGGCAUCUACUAUAAAUACUUUGGCAGGGGCCCUAUACAAGGUGUUUUGUGCUUCUCCUGAUCAAGUGAGGAAGGAAAUGCGUGAAGCAUGUUUUGACUACUUGAGUCUCGGAGGUGCUUGUUCUACUGGACCUGUGGCUCUACUCUCUGGUUUGAAUCCUCGUCCACUGAGCUUAGUUCUCCAUUUCUUUGCUGUGGCUAUAUUUGGUGUUGGUCGCCUAUUACUUCCAUUUCCUUCACCUAAACGCUUGUGGAUUGGAGCUAGAUUGAUCUUGGGUGCAUCAGGCAUCAUUUUUCCCAUAAUAAAGGCAGAAGGAGUCAGGCAGAUGUUCUUCCCUGUUACUGUUCCAGCAUACUAUAGAGCUCCUCCGGCUAAAUGAGAUACCCAAUUCAUCAGCACGAUGUUAUCGAGGUGGCUUUGCAUAGAAGACCAGUUAACUCUUAUGCACCACUAUUGUCCUCCCUGAAGAGCGCUUCGAGCCAUUUAUACAAUUUUUUGGACAAAUUAGGAAUUGCACUUCAAAUGUAGAAAUGAUUUGUUCCUUUGAACUAAAAAAUGUACUUUUCAUAACUGUUGGCUGUGCAUUUAACGGUAUCAAAGGUAGGCAUACUUCUUUUCGCCUGAAUAAAGGCUAACUUAUAAUAACAAGUGCACUAAGUACGCCCUUUGUAAUAACUAGUGCAAAAUGGUAUUUUCGCUUGAACAUAAAUUUUUUUUUUCCAUUCGAAAUUAAUCUGUUUUUCUUUUUUGAAGAGCAGAUUCAAC